UCCAUCUUUAAUGUACUGGACAGAAGGGGAUUGACGAGCUGAAAACAUUACCAAAUUUGAAAUAAGGAAUUGGCGAAUAUUUUGGUCCUGGCUGUCACACAGAGAUACUGACGAAUAUUACACACGUUUGAAAAAGUGACAGAAGGUAUGAAGACAGUAUCAUAGCGAAGCCAUGGCUGAUAAGAGAAAACUUCAAGGUGAAAUAGAUCGAUGUUUGAAAAAAGUUGCAGAAGGCGUUGAACAGUUUGAAGACAUUUGGAAAAAGCUUCACAAUGCAGCCAAUGCCAAUCAGAAGGAAAAAUAUGAGCAAGAUCUCAAAAAAGAGAUUAAAAAACUGCAGCGACUACGAGACCAGAUUAAGACAUGGGUUGCAUCCAAUGAGAUCAAAGACAAAAGGCAGCUAGUGGAGAACCGCAAGCUUAUCGAAACGCAAAUGGAGCGCUUUAAGGUGGUUGAAAGAGAAACCAAGACAAAGGCCUACUCUAAAGAGGGGUUGGGCUUGGCUCAGAAAGUGGACCCAGCACAGAAAGAGAAGGAGGAAACGGAACAGUGGCUCACGAACACAAUAGACACUUUGAACAUGCAGGUGGACCAGUUUGAGAGUGAAGUUGAGUCCCUUUCUGUUCAAACACGAAAAAAGAAAGGAGACAAGGAGAAGCAGGAUCGCAUUGAGGAGCUAAAGAGGUUAAUCGAGAGACACCGGUACCACAUACGUAUGCUUGAAACCAUUUUGAGGAUGUUGGAUAAUGAUUCAAUUCAGGUUGAUGCCAUCCAUAAGAUUAAAGAUGACGUGGAAUACUACAUUGACUCUUCGCAAGACCCAGAUUUUGAAGAGAACGAGUUCCUUUAUGAUGAUCUGGAUUUGGAGGACAUACCGGCAACCUUGAUGGCAACAUCUCCUCAGGGCCACAUUGAUGAUGAGAUGUUCCUUCAGUCCAGCAGCACACCAACGUCCACCACUUCCUCUUCCCCCAUCCCUCCAUCUCCUGCUACAGGCACUACGGAGAUUCUGGAGGAUAAGAGAGGUCGAUCGACAGACAGUGAAGUCAGCCAGUCUCCUGUGAAGAAUGGCAACCCGUCUCUGUCGUCCUUUUCCUCAUCCGCCUCCUCGGGCUCCUCCUCAUCCUCCUCUUCGCUGGUUUCUAUGGCUACUGUUGUUGGGGGCUGCACGGCAGUCUCCGGGGGCAGCAGCCUACUGGCAAGCUUCAGCAGUGCGGUGCAGCAGCAUCCACCACAGUCUCAACAGCAAACACAGGUCAAACUGUCCUCCACGUCCAUACCCUCCAACAACACACCUAGCCCACCCAGCCACCCCACAUUACCGGCCUCCACUGCUUCCUCUCUGCCCAGUUCCAGCACACCUGGCCCAAUUACUUCCAACUCCCUGUCCCAGGCUUCAUCAGUUCCUGGGAUGGAGAGCUCUAGACUCGGCCUGGGGAAAGGCGGCGUGACGGUAACCAGCAGCAGUAGUGUGUCUCAGAUGCCAGGUUUGGGCCUGACGAGCUUGUCCAGUUCUCUUAACACCAUGGCAGGGCUUCUCUCAGGCUCCACCCCUGCCCCUUACGCCCAGGCGGCAGCAGGGGGAACGACGGGUGGUGCCUCUAGUGGUCCUGUGGGCAGCGGCAGUAGUAGUUCUGGCAUAUCUAUACCGAGUGGAGGUGUAGGGAGUGCAAACACAGGGCCGACUAGUAAUGGUACGGGUACAGGAGCCAGUAUAGGCCUGCUAGGGUCCAGUCCAGGACACGGAACCCUGACUGGAGGGAUUCUGAGUCUGGUACAAGGGCAGUCGGCUCUUCAGGGGUCCACUCAGGUGCCUGUGAGCCCUGUGGGAACAGUGCCUGGAGGAGGAUCUGGAGAGAGUGGAUUGGGUGGGAAUGGAAGCAGUUCUGGUGUGAGUGGAGGAGUUGGGACUAAUGUAGCGCCUGCAAGACCCCCCAGCGGCCUCAAGCAAAAUGGAGCAACCAGUGAGUCCUUUUUAAGCCUGGGUUACAGUGCUGUGGUUGCAGACAACACACCAGAUUCCUCACUCAGCAGUGCCAGCCAAUCACAAAACAGCCAUUCCUCAUCCUCAAGCUCAUCAACCAAUCAGACUCUGGAUAAUGGCCCCAGUUUAUUGAGCUCUAUCACUCUGCCCCCCUCCUCCCCAUCACCUGCUUUCACUGACAGCACACCUGGUGGUGGGAGUCUCCUAAACGGCCCACACUCCUACACACCCAACACUGAGGCCAUCAAGGCUCCAGAACCUCCAAGCUCUCUGAAAGCUAUGGCAGAGCGAGCUGCACUGGGAUUGGCACUGGAUGGAGAAAUCCCAUCACUACACCUCACAGAUCGAGAUUCCUUAGAACUGUUCUCGGGCUCUUCAGCACCACCGGGACCCACAACAGCCCCUCAGCCUGCUGUGUCAGAGGUCAGCCUGCCGCCAUCUUUAGGGGCCUGUCCACUGGGCCCCACACCCCUCACAAAAGAGCAGCUUUACCAACAGGCAAUGCAGGAGGCAGCCUGGACACACAUGCCUCACCCGUCCGAUUCAGAGAGAAUUAGGCAGUACCUGAUGAGAAACCCUUGUCCUACUCCGCCAUUCCACCACCAGAUGCCCCCACAUCAUUCAGACUCUAUUGAGUUCUACCAGAGAUUGUCCACAGAAACUCUCUUCUUCAUAUUCUACUACCUGGAGGGUACAAAGGCGCAGUAUCUGUCAGCAAAAGCACUGAAGAAGCAAUCGUGGAGGUUCCACACCAAAUACAUGAUGUGGUUUCAGCGGCACGAGGAACCCAAGACCAUCACUGAUGAGUUUGAACAGGGCACGUACAUUUACUUUGACUAUGAAAAGUGGGGCCAGAGAAAAAAGGAAGGAUUUACUUUCGAGUACAGAUACCUGGAGGACCGAGACCUGCAGUGACUGACGGAGACUGAGAGAGAGGGCGAACGCUACGACACUGAAACCGCUGCUGUUGACAUUCCGAGAUGAACUCCAUGUCGUGGUUAAAGUUGGAUGUGAAGUUGGCCUUUUUCUUUAAAAGAGAGAGAAAGAGUGGGGGGUCGAGUGCCUGUUUACACGCAAACAUUUGAACCUCCUUUAAUGUUGAGUCUUUAUCCCCUUCAUUUCUGUUCUAACCGAGACACCCCCGUCUAGCCGAGCGACAAAAACACAACGGAAAUGAUUUGGUUUAGAAUGCCACAGACAAAACAUAUUUGCUCGUAGUUUGUGUUUGGUGGAGUGCUGCAUUAGCGAGUCUUAUCCUCUUAGAUGACAUAUACUGACUAUGAUAUGAACCGGCACUAAGUGAGAUAUCCUAAGCAUCGAUUUGGUUGUUCUUAGUUCAUUGAGCCCCUCUGGGAGUGUUUAGGCACUGUGACUUUGCCUUGCGAGAUAAACGUGUCGACCAUUAAAUUGCUAUGCAAUUGAAUUCCUCUCGACCUCCCUUCCUUUAUCAUUACCUAAAUGUGGGUUUGCUAGAGCGCGAAAUGCAGUUGGCGUUAGGGUAAUGUUCUGUAGCAUCUUCUCUUACAUGUGUUCCCAAGCAAGGUGGGUUGAAGUGUUCAGCCUUCAAAAGUGGCGUGUGAUUAUUUGUCUGUUAAACAUGGCAUGAUUGAUCUCACUUCAAAAAAUAUCUAAUAAUAAAAAGACAAAGAUUAAAAUAUGUACAAGUUUUAAAAAAGACGAAGAAACACCUUAUUUUUCUUUCUUUCAGUGUCCUCUAGGUUGUCCAUGGCUGAAUAUUUUUGUGUGUGCAUGUAAAGUAAACAAAAAACAACGAAAACCUUCUCCAAAGUUUCCUCAGUUAGUCACAUCUUGAUAUUAUUCUCACAUUACUCUGCUGGACAGUUUCCCUCAAUAAUAACGACAGCAAAAUUUAUAAAUAUAUAGAUAUAUAUAGAUAUAUAUAUCAUUGUUCUGUUACUCCAGCUUUUUCGAAACACCCCACAUUGUGACACGAUCCCAAGCGAGUUUCCAUUCAUUUCAGUUUCCUCUAUUGUUUGGGGAGAACGACGGGCUCGACCAACACAUGAAUAUAUUGAUGUGAUGUGAUGAGAUGGGAAAGUAUUUUUGAUGCACAGGGCAGCUGAUCGCAUUUGUUUCUUUUCUCUCUGAUAAUUGAACACCGUCAUCCUUGCCUUUUUGACGUGGACAGGACAGCAUGCGAUUGUGACGUCGCUUCGUAGGUUGAGAGGAAACAAAUAACAGAGUUGUACAAUUUCAAUAAAAUACUUUUGUGAUGCAG